AUGUCGGACAACUUGUCCUACUCCAUUUCUAAUGCUAUUCUGGUGUCUAGUCAUGCCCCUGGCUCAGCACGCCCUAAGGCCUCUGUUAAUAAGCUGGUAGUCCCUAGGAGCCGUAAGGCUACUGAGAAGACCCACUAUGUGGGCGAGCAUGCCUUUAAAACUGGAUUGAUGAACAGGUUGCAUCCUGUUCCUAUUGAGGACGUGGGACCCCCAUGUAAAAGAGUCACCCACCGGGCAACAGCGAUGCGGACAUGGAAGAGGGCAAAAGCCCUGACAGAUUUUUCCAACUCUGGUUCAGAUUCUGAGGAGGUCUUGGAUGAGUCCAAUGGGAUCGGCUCUAUUGAUUCGGGGAACUCGUCUCUGGACAGCCAUCCUCGACCUACAGGGAGAACCCUUGUUUGA